UCAAUUUGUCCGGAAGUAGAUGGCGUGCGUUACUGCUAUAUGGUGCAAAGAUGGAAGUGUUUCUUUAUAAUUCCACAGUUUGUAGAUUAUGUGGCGAAGAAAAUGAUAAUGGAACUUUAUUAUAUUCCAGCGAAGAAAAUAACCAAAACUUAAGUGAAAUUAUAAACUCCUAUUUACCUUUAAAGGUAUCAGAUGACGGUGAACUUCCCAGGACUAUUUGUCCGGGCUGUACUAUUCAGUUGGAAGCCUCAGUUGAAUUUUUGAACUUAAUUAUUAAUGGACAGAAAAUAAUAAGAGAAUUAUAUCAACGCGAAAGGGAAUAUAAGAAAAAUAUUUUGAAUACAUCAAGUACGGACACACCAGAAAUAAUAUCUGAAAAAAUCAUCUAUGAAAUUAACACUAGCGAUGGAGUGUACCAAGUUGAACAUCCUAUUUCCCUACAAGUGGCCGGCCUUGAGAAACCAAAACGGAAACGGGGUAGACCUCCCAAGAAACCUAAGACUCCUGAAGAAAUUGCACAAGAAGCAGCAGCCAAAGAACAGCAAGAAGUUAGUAAAACUGAUGAAAAAGAGGAGGAGGAACCAUCGGGUAAGAGAAGAAGAAAAGCACCGACUAGGUUUAAGGAAGCUGUCCAGGGUAAAGAACUGGAAAGAAUAUUCAUAGAAGUUGGGGUGAUAGAAGGAGAGGAGGCUGAGAAGAAGCCUAAAGCUGACCCUAUUCCUAAAGAACCAGAGGUUAUUGGACAUUUAGAAGAUUCAGGAGAGCUUGUUGUUGUUGUUAAAGGCAAAGGAAGAGGGAGGCCCAAAGGUCGCAUGCGGCAGACGCGCGAGGAGUGCGCGGUGUGCGGGCAGCAGUUCUCGUCGCGCGGGCGCUACAUGUCGCACGUGGCGGCGCACGGACACGCGCUGCAGCAGCUGCGCGCCGCGCGCGAGCCUGACAUCACUGAACCGGUAAAUGAAACAGAAAUAACUACAGAAACCGCAGAAAACGACGAAACGGCUCCAGUUAACAAACCGGAGGGUGACGUCCAAAAUGCAUUAGUUCCACAAGCUCUGCCUGAUAUGACUGAUGCGAGCGAAUAUAAGAAUGAAACUGGAGAGACCACAGAUCCUCUUAAAGUUGAAGAAGAAGUAGAUGUUGUCGGAGAAGAUCCCAACGACACAAAUAAUGAAAAAAAUAGUGUUUCAGAAACUGUUAGUGAAGCAUCUGAGGAUGAAAUCGAAGUACAAACCGAAAAAGGAAAAGUUAAACUAAAAUGUAAUCACUGUGAUAAAUUGUUCAGCAAUAGGCAGAGCAAAUCAUUACAUGUCAAGGCCGUGCACUUCGGCGUGAAGUCGUACGCGUGCACGGAGUGCGACGCGAGCUUCGCGUACCCGCAGUCGCUGGCCGUGCACCGCGUGUCGCACCGCCGCUUCCGGCCCACCGGCGGGUACGCCUGCGACCUCUGCGGGAAGGUACUGAACCACCCAUCGUCCGUCGUGUACCACAAGCAGGCGGAGCACGCGGCGCAGCGCUACGUGUGCGGCACCUGCGGGAAGCACUUCCGUCACAAGCAGCUGCUGCAGCGGCACCAGCUCGUGCACUCGCAGCUGAGGCCCUUCACCUGCAAGACCUGUAACGCGACGUUUAAGACCAAAGCGAACUUACUCAAUCAUCAACUUUUACAUUCCGGAAUCAAAAAGUUUUCGUGUGAUAUAUGUAAGCAGAAAUUCGCGCAUAAGACUAGUCUUACGCUACACAUGAGAUGGCACACCGGAGUGAAACCGUUUUCGUGCGCCGUGUGCGGGAAGAGCUUCAGCCAGAAGGGCAACCUGUCGGAGCACGAGCGCAUCCACACGGGCGAGAAGCCCUACCAGUGCACCCUCUGCCCGCGCCGCUUCACCACCUCCUCGCAGCACCGCCUGCACGCGCGCCGGCACGCGCGCCGCCCCGCGCACGACCGGACUACAAUUGUGCGACGUGACGAGGCCGGGGUCCGGCGCAGGCGUCUUCUUGCAAGAAGCAAGCAGAAUCCAAAGCAAAUUAGUCUACUCGUGAACGACAAGAUCCAGCCCGAACCGCAGAUGCAACUACAACAGGCUCAACAUCAGGAGCUGCAGAAGCUGGAGGUUCACGAGGAGACAGAGACAGAGGAGAGAGUCAUAUAUGUUGCGUAUGAUGCUGACGACUCCAACGCGCCUGCCUUUCACAUACUGGAUCCGGAGCAGGCUGUCAACAUAGAAGAGCACAAGGUGCUAACAACGUGUGAACUGUACUCCGGCUCUUCGCUCCUGGUACCGCGACAGCUCGAACAGCUGAAGGCGGAAAUGGAACCAGAGCAGCUGGAGCUGGAGCACGAAGAGAUGGAACUAGACCAUGAGGAGCUGCAGAUGGAGCUGGAGCAAGAGGAAAUGGAAGAACAGAUAGAGAUGGCGAGGGAGCACCUCAUGCUUGAAGAAGAAAAUAUACCUGUGACGGACGAGGAAGGAAACCCUUUGCACUUCACAAUGCAAGACGGCACUAAGCUUGCCAUUACAUCGAUCGACGGGAAAUCUUUGCAGGUUAUUACACAAGAUGGACAAACUAUACCAGUCGAGAUUAAUGGCAUAAAUGAAGAAGAGGAGGCGAUGAGUCCGGACACCGUUGUGCAUCACCUCAACAUACAGAAAGUCGAGGCCAACUCCAACUCCUCGCCCGUCACGCACUACUACACUAUUGUUUAGAUAAAUAUUUGUGUCAAAACACAAAAAUAUUAUUUGCUUUAACCGUUGACGUUACCUUAAUAUUAAAUAGCAAUAUUCUAAUGUAGAAGGAUGUAAAGGUCAUUUUUUACUAACAGGCUAAGUUAAACUAUUUAAGACCAACCAUAAUUAGGUAUAAUAAAGAUUUUUUAAACCGUCAAUAGAUCUAAUGUAAGUACUUAGUUACAUUUAAUGACAUUAAUAGUGAGAAUUAAAUAUUUUUUCUUAUAUUAUCACUAUUAUUACUUUAGUCAGAAUAACAAGCGGUCAUUCUUGGUUAAAGAAAUUAACAAUUAUUGAUAGCUGAUUAAAUCUAUUUCGUAUCAAAUGACCUGGCGUUCAAACUAACUUGCUUUUCGGAAGGUCACACUCUUAGCGAUUAAGUUAUGUUAUGUUUUUGUAAGAAUUACUCGAAAAUAAAAAGAAAAUUAUUGAAAAUUUAUAUAUAACACAGCUUGACUACCGUCUUGUCUCUUUAAAAAAAUACUAGUUUUUCCCAUAGCCUUGAGAACAAAUUUAAAAGACUAAAAUUCAGUUAAUAUAAUUCUAUAGUUUGAUAUUAAUUUUCAUGUUUCUGCAGCUCAAUUAAUAUUAAAUGUUUAAGUAGCUAUAGUAAUAUUUAGAAUAUUGUGUCUUCUGUUUGAUGAGUGGUCUCUUUAAUACGCACCAGGCUGGACCCCUGGCUCUAUUGCUCCAAGUAUGCCAAUCAUUAGAUUUAACCUAGUAUAGUGGGGGUAAAACUGGUCGCGGAAUUGUUUUGUCGAUAACUCCUAAUAAUUUAAAAAAUAAUUAUUUUUCUAUUUUAAUUAUAAGAGUAAAGUAUUAUUGAUUUAUUAUUAAGUGUUGUUACUGUUAAACGCUGUAUAUAGAAUUUGUAGGACACCGCGCUCGUACCAGUAUUAUACUUUUAAUGAACGUUUUGGGAUAUUGCAAUGAGUGAAUGAGAAAAUUAAUGGUCAGUGUUGUUAAAAAAAAAAAAACUGAAUUAAAUUGAUUAUACAUUCCUCGUUAGUGUCAUGUUACAAAUUGCAUUUAAAAUAAUCUUGAAUAUAACGUCGACAAUAUCAAUACAACGAAAAAUAUUGUAUGUGUCUUGAAUGAAUAUUAUUAAUAAUAUAAUUUAAAUAGUUCCGCUGUCACAGAUUUAUUUUAAUCCCAAUUAAUAAUGGGUCAUACAAUUUAAUCUCAAAUAUUUAUAAAUGUUACAAGGUGUAAUGUGAAUGUGAUUACCGAUAAUGGGAAUACUCAGAUUUUAGUUGCAUAUUUAAAUUAUGGAUGUAUAUAAAUGAGAAUUAUAAUGUAAUUUAUAAAA